AAAAUUCGCAAUGGUAGAUCACUUGGAGAUUUCCCUUCCUUAAAUUCCUCGCACCUUUUGACAGGCUUAGAAAUGGCUUGGGUUCAGCGUCCACCAGAAAAGGUCACGGAUGGGGAGGAGUUCAACGUUACCUACUCUGUCACUGCCUCGGAUUCCUUUUAUGAAUACGCCGUUAAAAACAAGAUUUUCCAGUUCAGUAAUGCCUCCGAGGCCAAAAGAUUCUGCCUCGAGCACCAAUGUCCUGCAAACUGGAACAACGCCAAUGAAGAUAACUGCUGCGUUUACCACGCCAACAUUCACUCCUGUCCUCUUGCGCUCAUGAGAGGCGGAGGGAUCUGUGGUCCCUGGAUUCCAGACGAUGGCGAAAUCGUAACCCACACCGUAUCCAAAGCCGGCAAGAUGAGCCAACUGCUCUGGACAUCAAAGGUGGUGCUGGUCCAUCUAGGAGUUACAUCGGUCAUUGCUCAUAUCAAAGUGGGACAGAUGCAUGCAGCACUAGAGUCCAAGGUGUUAGUAGUCAGCCCUCAAGUGUGUGGCGACGGCGUCUGUGAGCUGGAGGAGAGCUGUCUGACGUGUCCCGCCGACUGUGGGGUUUGUCCCAUGUCCACAUCCAUCAGAGUGGCCAUUGGGCUUCCUGUGGCCUUGUUCUGCAGCGGUUUCUUCUUGACGCUGGUGUGGCUGCAAUACCAGAAACAGAAAAUGUUUUGGGAUGAGAGCUGGAUCGUCAACUACAAUAAUAUCAUGUUUGGUAAAGUGUGUUCUACGAGUUUUUGUAGCAGCACAAGUCUUCAGACUGUGAAGAGGAACUCGAGUGUGAGUAGAGUCACAGAUGUGACGGUCUGCACUGCAGUCAACACCAACUUCAGACCACGCUUCAUUCAGGCCGGCAUCUUUGAUGGAAGGACUGUAGCUGUAAAACACAUACAGAAGAAACACUUUACCCUCACCAAAACAAUCAGAAAAGAGGUCAAAGAGGUCAGGGAGCUUGAUCAUCCAAACCUUUCCAAGUUCUUAGGAGGCUGCAUUGAAGUUCCUUUCAUAAGCAUUAUCACUGAAUACUGUCCAAAGGGAAGCCUGGCAGACGUGCUGUUGAACGAGGAUGUCCCCAUCAAUUGGGGUUUUCGAUUGUCGUUUGCUACUGAUAUUGCUCGAGGAAUGGCUUACCUGCAUCAGCACAAAAUGUUCCAUGGCCGUCUUCAUUCACGCAACUGUGUGAUCGACGACCGGUGGGUCUGCAAAAUAUCAGAUUACGGACUCAUGGCCUACAGAAAGGAGGACUUUGAGAACAUGAGCAUCAGUUUCCAAUGUCAAAACGUCUGGCGCAUGUAUUGCGCACCUGAAGUUCUUCUGAGAAUCAGCACCAGUUUCACAGCCACAGCUGAUGUGUACAGCUACUCAAUUAUCUUGGUGGAAAUCGCGACUCGCAGUGACCUUAUUUCAGAACAGGCAGAUUCAGUGGAGCUUGAUGUCAUGUGGCGCCCAUCACUUCCCAAACUGAAGGCUGGGAAAUCAGACAAUGAUUGCCCAGAUCCCGAUGAUUACUGUGAGCUGAUAAAGAGAUGCUGGAACCACAAUGUGACCAUGAGGCCGACGUUUGAACAGGUGAAAAAGAUGCUUGAUAAAAUGAACCCACACAAGGUCAGCCCUGUGGAUAUGAUGAUGAACCUGAUGGAAAAGUACAGUAAACAUCUGGAAUCUAUUGUAGCCGAGAGAACACAGGAUCUUCUUCAGGAGAAGCAGAAGACUGACCGAUUACUCUAUAGUAUGUUACCAAAAGCAGUGGCUGAUGAUCUUCGUCAGGGACGUACAGCAGAAGCCCAAAGUUACUCCAAUGCCACUGUAUAUUUUAGUGACAUAGUGGGCUUCACCCAGCUGUCUGGCUCCAGCACCCCUCACCAGGUUGUGGAUUUCCUCAACAAGCUUUACACCACAUUUGAUGACAUCAUCGAAAACUACGAUGUGUACAAAGUGGAAACUAUAGGAGAUGCCUAUAUGGUGGUCUCGGGAGUACCUAAAGAGAACGGGAUCCAUCACGCUGGGGAAAUCGCCAGCAUGGCGCUGGACUUGAUCAGUGUCUGUCACGUGUUUAAAAUCCCACACAAACCCACCACACAGCUUAAGAUACGAGCUGGCAUUCAUUCAGGUCCCGUUGUAGCUGGGGUGGUUGGCACCAAAAUGCCCCGGUACUGCUUAUUUGGCGACACUGUAAACACUGCGUCCCGUAUGGAGUCCACCAGUGAAGCUUUAAAGAUCCAGUGCAGUGGCUGUACAGCAGAUCUUCUACACACACUUGGUGGAUAUGUGCUGAUGUGUCGUGGGUCUCUCAAUGUGAAGGGGAAAGGCGAAAUGACAACUUGGUGGCUGGAGGCAAAAAGAAGCCCCUCAGACCCUUUGUUCAGUGAAGACGAACCUUUGGGUCUUCCUGUUCCUGUUAGCAGUUAACUGAUGUGCUACCAUCAUGACAGAAACCUUAACAAAUAAAUAGAAAUGUUUACCAGAUAUACUAAAUGACUAAAAUGUAUACUUACUGUUGGUGUAUAAGCAUGUGCUAUUACAUUUUAUUGCUGCUAUGCUGAAAUAUUGCUGCUGAUAUUGUUUCGUGUAUUAGACACGAAACAAUGUUGUGUUUGGAAGAUUUAAAAUGUCUUUGUCAUACGAAAGGCAGACGUGUUCGUAGAGGCAACUUUUCAUUAAAUAUUUGUUAUUUUAUCUUCAACAGUGCAAAGGUUGUAUUUUAAAGUAUAAUAUUGCUGGAAUAAAAUAUCCAAGCU